AUGGAGCACACUUUACCACAGUCACAGGGAGAUAAUAGUAUAGAGCCGCCUGUGGAUGACGUGUCAAUCACCAAGGACGUCGUGUCAGGAAAAGAAGUCACAUUUGAAAAGGUAAGGAAACGACCCAAACGAAGAUCAUUCGAAAAAGGACUCAAACGACCCGCAAUCAACCUGUUGGAUACCUCACUCUCUAGUAGAUUUCAAACCUGUAGCCUAGAAACCACGCGAGAAAACUCUGUCGUUGAACAAGUCGUCACAGAGAAUAGAAUAGAUGCAACUGCGGCAAACACACUAGGCUACAUCCUUGAAAGCGCAACCAGUGGAGAAAUGGAACAAGGUGAACCAAACAUGGAAGAACGAUUGCUAGUCAGCGAUCUCGUUUCAGAGGAAGAGCUCUCUCCUCAAACAUGCUCAAGAGCGCAAGAAUCGCAAAGUGAGCCCUUGCAAAAUUUGCAUAAUUACAUUCUUGAUGACCAAAACGGGUCCAAUCAGAGGGAAUCUGAACGCGCAGGUUACCAAGAUUUAAAUGGGUUUAUGGAAAGUGUGCAUGACGAAUGUAUGAGUAAUUUACAACCAUCUUCUAGAGCUGGCCAAGAUCAGUCAGCAUCGAGGUCGCCCAGGGAUCAUGUGGAACCAAUAAAUGUUAUAACCAUCAUUGAUGGUGAUAUGGAAGAAGAAUAUGAUAAUGUAGAUGAAUACGGCGUUGAAGCCGAGUAUGCUCGUUCAGAGAAUCCAUACAAUGACAUGGAAUAUUCGCACCUGGAAAUGGCAGAAUGCUACAGUGUUUCGAAUGCGUUGGAGGAAUUACAAGCGGAUUUAACAAACCAGAUCAACAAUGGUGAUGAAUACAUGAAUCACUGCCAUUCCGGAGGAUAUAUGCAUUCUAGAAACAACUAUCCUGGGUACCAAGGUCCAUUGCAUAGCAGCGCCCCUGAACAAUAUGAAAGGAUGAUUAGUAGCGAUGGAAAUGGGCUAGAGAUGGAAGAUUUUGAUGAUGCAAGUGUACCUACAACUCAACCGAUUGUUUCACGUGGAAGCAUACAAAAUGCUGUAGCAACUCCACUUGUGCAGAGGAACUUGAGUUGCGGUGCAAGUAUGGAUGGAUUGAGUAAUAGAUCAUCUUCGGUUAAUUUGGCACUCGAUUCUGGUGAUUUAAAACGUCAGAUUUUUAUGGAUGAGCAACUUAUGAAUAAUAUUUUAAAGGACCUCAUUUGUCCAAUUUGCUUAGAAUACUUUUAUUUUCCCGUUACUGUCGCCUGCGGACACACUUUUUGCAGGUACUGUAUUGGUCACAGCAAAUUGGCUGGAAAAAUGUGCCCUCUGUGCAGGCAAUCUAUUGGGAGAACUCUCAAUAUAAACACAAUAUUAUCAAAUCUUGUAAAGUCUCUAAAACUCAGAAAGAGACCUGCACCCAUUCCAAAGGGGCCAGAACUAUCUUAUGUGGCUGAAAAGCUUUGGUGGGACGAACAUUGCCUAAAACCGUACGUUUCGGUCCCCCUAUUCCUUAGAAUAAUGUUUGGAGAAAUGGUUCAAGCUCCAGUCUUUUUUGAUGAUUUAUGUUCUUGUCUAAUUGACUACUUUUCAACAAACAACAAAUGGUCUCGAGCAAAGUGGGUAUUUACUAUUGAAGACUGCAAAAUUGUACGCCAGCUUGUGGGAUUCGAUCCCUCCGAUACAGAGGGGUCAAAGGUGCGUUUACAUAACUGGGUAGAGGACUAUCUCAUGGCUAAUCCUCAUUUAUGUUUCCGCAGUGACACUGCGUUCCCAGUCACUCUAAAGGUUUAUCACGAUGUUAAUCAUAAGAUUGAGGGAACAAUAUUCAGUGCUAUGGAUAUUCCAAACAAGCUACCAUGGGAUGCAGGAAGGCAUGCAAAGAGUCUAUUGCACCUUCCACACUCAUCGGUUUCUCUAUCACAUUUAAUUUUUGCUCAAUGUCCAGAUGGACGCUUUGGAAUUUUGGAUUGUGGAAGUACCAUUGGCACCAUGAUCAAGUUGCAAGGAGUACAUGCUUUGCAAACAGGAGACAGAGUUCACAUUGGAGACAAACAUGAAGUUGAUGUGACAAUUGUUAACGACUCCAUAGGUACACCCUUCCGUGAUUUUAGGUGGAGUCCAAAGAAUGGUGCAGUCUUUGAUUUUUCAGAAUAUUCAACCGCACCUCCAGAGGAUAGGGAGGAUUUGGAAGAAUUGGAAUCUCACUUGAAACUGCGUAUUUUUGCAGAUUCUCAAGUAGAACGAGAUGUUUGGAUAUGCCCAAAGGGAGUUAUACUAGGCAGAGGUCCAGUCACACAAUCUGCAUACAGAAAACUCAGCAUAACUACACAAAAUGGAUAUAUAUCCAGAGAGCAUUGUCUCAUUUACUAUGAUGGCUCACAACCCUCAGGGAAACGAUGGCUACUCCGGGAUAUGAGCACAUUGGGAACAUUUUUAAAAUUAAAACCAUUCCAGGAUCCACACCCGGUCUCACCAGGUUUCGUCUUUAAAGUAGGACAAUGCAAGGUCGAAGUGUGCCAUGCACACGAAAUGGCACGCAGAGUACCCUCAUCGGCUACACUCAUACUCUCACACCUACUGCAGUCGCACAUUUCAGACGCCCCCGCAAGGGACGAUCAGAUUAUUGGCGACGAUGAAUCGUGA